AUGCCCGUAGAGAUUGAGCCUCAAGAAGUUCAGUAUCGCAGUAUUCCUCACGAAUACUAUGAUAUUCACAAACGCAUUGCCCAUUAUGUAGAACACCCUGAAUCCUUCACCACAAAGAACCAUGUGGUAGAAGACUACCUUUCUCACUCUUUACCGACAGAGCCUAGUCAGAAAAUCCGAGACAUUUCUAUGCAAGUUAGCUCGCGGAAAACGACAGAUAGACACGAUAGCCAUUCUGCAAAGCGAUUUGUGGGUCCUUCUCACUUGGGGGCGCAAAAAAAUGGAAAGAGGUGUGUCUCUUCGUUUGACUUAGAAAAAGCCUAUAAUGACAUGUUAGUUCGCAUUAAAGAGAGGCUAGCGAAAGAAACCAAUCAAACUGAUGCACAGAACAAUGAUAAAUGAUGCAUUUCAUAUAAGUGUAUAUUUCAAGAUCAAAACGCAAGUGUAGUGGAAACCUUCAAUCGCGAUGAGGAGCUGAGAUAUAUUUUCAUUUAAUUGAUUAUAGUGCUCAGCUAAGAAAAAGGAAGAUGUAAAGAUAUAUACAACAUAUAUAUAUAUAUAUAUAAA